CCUCGCGGCUUCAGACUGCUCGCACGCGCGGAGAGAUGCUGACUAUCCGCUAGUGACGACUUUUGUUCUUCUGCCUGUCGGACUUCAGAUCGUUUAUUACUACUCCUGUAAAGAAUCUGCGAGCGACGGUGUUAGAGAAAGAGAGCGAGAGAGAAAGAAAGAAAGAGCGAAAAUCGGAAUUUUUUUGAGCGAGUUUUCUUCUCUUGUUGCUUUCAGAAGAAGAGGAUGAAGACGCCGACAAUCUUGGCGCGUACGAUCGGCCUGGCGUUCGCACUGUCGGCUGCCGUCGCCUCCAGAAAAGUGAACAAGCACAAGCCAUGGAUCGAGACGUCAUAUCGUGGUGUAAUCACUGAAAACACAGACGUGGUUCUGCUUGACCCCCCUCUGGUGGCGCUGGACAAGGACGCACCUGUCCCAUAUGCAGGGGAGAUCUGCGCAUUUGGAGUCCAUGGUUCUGACGCUCCGUUCGAGGCUGUGGUCCUGAACAGGACGUCUGGAGAAGGCCAGCUGCGGACGCGAAGCCCCAUCGACUGUGAGCGCCAGAGAGAGUACACAUUCACCAUCCAAGCACAUGAUUGUGGAUCAGGUCCUGGAGGCAUCGGAGCGAAGAAAUCACACAAAGCGGUGGUACACGUGCAGGUUGGUGACGUGAAUGAGUUCUCCCCCGUGUUCAGCAGUGCCGUAUAUUCAGGCUCUGUGCAGGAGGGCAGAGUGUGUGACAGCAUCCUGCAGGUCGAUGCCACAGACCGAGACUGUUCGCCUCAAUACAGCCAAAUCUGCAACUACCAGAUCGUCACAGAGAACGCGCCAUUCGCUAUCGACCGCAACGGCAACAUCAGGAACACAGAGAGCUUGAGCUUUGACACCCAGUCACACUAUGAGAUCAGUGUGACAGCUUUUGACUGUGGGCAGAAGAGAGCAACACGGAGUGCGACUGUACACAUUCACGUCAAACCCAUCUGCAAGCCCGGCUGGCAAGGUUGGAGUAAACGUGUGGACUAUGAGCCAGGUAUGGGUAGUAAACCACUAUUUCCCAAGAUGCACCUGGAGACGUGUGAGGGCACGGUGUCUUCGGUCAGAACCACUGUUGAGCUACAGACCGGUCAUAUCGGGAAAGGCUGUGAUCGAGAGACCUACUCGGAGAAAUCUCUGCAGAAACUCUGUGGAGCUUCAUCAGGCAGCACUGACCUUCUCCCUGCCCCGAGUGCAGCUUUUAAUUGGACGAUGUCAUUGCUGACGGAUGGCGGCCGCGACAGUGAGCUUAUAUUCCGUUUUGAUGGACGACAGGCAGCAAAGAUUCCGGACUGGGUUGCACCUCAGAACUUGACGGAUCAGUUCACCAUAGCGACAUGGAUGAAGCACGGGCCGAGCCCUGGACUGAGAGGGGAGAAAGAGACGCUGCUAUGUAACUCAGAUAAAACAGAGAUGAACAGGCAUCAUUACUCUCUGUAUGUGCACAACUGCAGACUGGUGUUCUUAUUGAGGAGGGAUUACACCCAGAGCUCCUCGUUCAGACCAGCCGAGUUUCACUGGAAACUGGAACAGAUCUGUGAUAAGGAGUGGCAUUACUAUGUCAUUAAUGUCGAGUUUCCCGUGGUGACGCUGUAUGUGGAUGGCGUGACCUAUGACCCCUAUCUGGUGACGGACGACUGGCCGAUCCACUCGUCUCAGAUUGAUGUACAGCUCACCGUCGGAGCCUGCUGGCAAGGUGGCGAGGUAUCUAAAGCCAGGUUCACACAAUAUUUCCGUGGAAGUCUUUCAGGUCUGACGGUGAGGCCGGGAAAGAUCGAGAGUCAGAAGGUGAUUUCCUGCCUUCAGGCCUGCAAGGAGGGACUGGACAUCACGUCUCUGGAGAGUAUGGACAAGGGCUUAAAGUUCCACUUUAACCCAGCGCAGUCAGUGCUGGUAAUAGAGGGAGAAGAUCUGGAACAGGUCAACGCAGCUCUGAGGAAAGUCUCCUACAUCAACUCACGCCAGUUCCCCACAGCCGGAGCGCGCCGCAUCCACAUCUCCACCACAGUACAGUGUUUCGGAGAGGACGUGUGCAUUUCUGUUCCUGAUCUCGACACGGUCGUCAUGGUAAUGCAACCGAGCGAACCGCGAAUCACAAUAACUGGGGCGGAGCAUCUCAGCGUCCCCGCCUCUGACCUUGUCCUUGGGUUGUCAUUGUUCAGGGAUUUGCAUAUCAGCAGCACCGUCAUGAAGAGCGACCAAACCUCACACAACGCAGUGCACAGGUCAGGCAUGUUAGAGGAAAUCGUCCAUAAUCUCGACUACUGUGACAUUCUGGUGUUAGGGGAGGAGUUACGGGAGGGGUUAGAGAUCCUCCAGCUGCCCCACAGUGCACUCUUGGGCAAACACUUGGACUACACCAACUCAACAUCCGGCAUGUCCAUUUAUGGUGUGGAUUCCAUGGUUCACUAUGCUCAGGUCAUCAGACAGGUACGCUAUCAGAACCUGCAGAACGAUGCAGCAGCAAGAACGUUCAGAGUGACCUGCUCCGAACUCAACGGGCGAUACACCAGCAACCCAUUUACACAACAGAUUUAUAUCCUGCACAGAGAACAGCCUGUCAAGCAUGUCAGUCACAUAAUGGCUCAACCCAAAUCCAUGCAACUUAGUCAUCAUCCAACCCCAGUCUUCAACACCCGGAGCUCUGAUGUCUCCGGUGUUGUGAUAGUGGUGUGUGUGGCUGUUCUGAUGGUGGUGGUAGUCUCAGUUAUGUACCAGAUUUACCUCAAAUACGUCCAGGAAGUGCCAGAUGAAAACACUGAGUUGAAGAAAGGGAAGGACUUGGAUCUCUCAGCCCUAACCAUUACUGUAAAUCCAUUGGAGAGCUUUGAGGAGUUGCAGCCGGCAGAAGAAUUAACCGAAGAAGAAGUGGAGGAUGAGGAGGAAGAUGAUGAUGAUGACGACAUCACUAGCAGUGAAUCAGACAGUGAUGAAGAGGAAGCUCACAGCAUGCAACCCCAGCCAGAAAUGCUGAGCAAGCUACACUGGCCAAAGGCAUCAUUGCACUGCUGAGAACACCUUCAUACAUAUACAUCUCUCACACACACACACACACACACACACACACACACACACACACACACACACACACACACACACACACACACACACACACACACACACACACACACACACACACACACACACACACACACACACACACACACGAAAAGGUUCUUGAAAGCAUCUUGUGCACUUACAAGAUGCUUUCAUGCAGAAACAGGAAUUAAAAGGAUCCACUGAAAAGAAUUUUCCAAGACAGCCACAAGAGCAGACUCCUGAUUGGCUGUGAGGUAGAAAUCCCUGAAGCAAGAAUCGAAUUUUAUUUCAGGUGCUUUGAACACAAGUUUCACAUCAGAGAGCUAUAGAAUGUACCAAAUGCUCUACUGCAUGUACUAAAGGUAUGUGUGGACCCCUGAUCAACUAACCCAUAUUUUGUUCUUCCCAAAUCUUUUGCCAGAAACUGAAGCAUACGAAUCUGUACCAUAUCUUCGUAUUUUGUAUUAAGCGUUGAGAUUUCCUUUCAGUGGAACUAAAAGGCACUAACUUGUUCGAGCAUGACAAUGCUCCUGUGCAUAAAGCAGGUUCCAUGAAGACAUGGUUUGACACGAAUGGAGUGGAAGAACUCAAGUGUCCUGCACAGAGCCUUGACCUCAAACCAACUGAAAACUUUGAAAUUAACUGGAACACUGAUUGUACGCCCGGCCUUCUCACCUGACAUCAGUGCCCGACUUCACUAAUACUCUAAUGCCCCUUUUCCACCGAGGCAGUUUGAGUGCUGGUUCGGAGCCAUGCCUAAUUUAGAACCAGUUCUUUCUGUUUCGACCGCCAAAGCACCGGCUCUGAACCAGGAAAAGUGG